ACAUAAAAGCCUGGCUCUGGGGGCGGCCCGCGCUAGUUGUGUAGCGCAGGCGUGAGGAUGGCGUGUCGUCGACGCAGACCAGAGCUCCGCGGACCCCCAGAGCUGCAUUACGACAAGAGUGAAGCCCGGAAAUACACGCGCAACUCUCGGAUGAUUGAUAUCCAGACCAAGAUGGCUGGGCGAGCGUUGGAGCUCCUUUAUCUGCCUGAAGAUCAGCCCUGUUACCUGUUGGAUAUUGGUUGCGGUACAGGGCUGAGUGGAGAUUACCUCUCGGAUGAGGGGCACUAUUGGGUGGGCAUUGACAUCAGCCCUGCCAUGCUGGAUGCAGCCUUGGACCGAGAUACAGAGGGAGACCUGCUUCUAGGGGACAUGGGACAGGGCAUCCCUUUUAAACCAGGCUCCUUUGAUGGAUGUAUCAGCAUUUCUGCUGUGCAGUGGCUCUGUAAUGCUAACAAGAAAUCUGACAUCCCUGCCAAGCGCCUGUACCGCUUUUUUUCUUCUCUUUAUUCUGUGCUGGUCCGUGGAGCCCGUGCUGUUCUGCAGCUGUACCCUGAGAACUCAGAGCAGUUGGAGCUGAUCACAACCCAGGCCAUCAAGGCUGGCUUCACUGGUGGUGUGGUGGUGGACUACCCCAACAGUGCCAAAGCAAAGAAGUUUUACCUCUGUUUGUUUUCUGGACCAUCAACCUUUCUGCCAAAGGGCCUGAACGAAAAUGACGAAGAGGAAGAGGCCAGGGAAUCUACAUUCACAAAUGAGAGGGUCCCAUACAAGAUUGCAAGGCGGGGGGUGGUGAAGAAGAGCCGUGAGUGGGUACUGGAGAAGAAAGAUCGCUGCAGACGUCAGGGCAAGGAAGUCAGACCUGACACUCAGUACACUGGACGCAAUCGCAAGCCCCGCUUCUAAGCAGUUAGCUGCAUCCAGUGGGACAGCUUGGGGUCCACACAUUGUGAGCUGUGCCAUUCAGCCAAGGCAGUUGCCUCUGGAAAGUUUUCUAUAUUGAAGUGCCUACUUCAUUAGCUGACAAAAUUGUUUUAGAAAAGUUUUAAAAAGUUCUAAGUGUUUUCAUUAAACGAAGUUCUGAGAGCAUCUUAUUUUGUUCUAAAAGCAAUAAACCACUUUUUGUGGAACUCUGA